AUGUCAGAUGUGAAGAAAAGAGGAACAAUAUACCAAUUGAGACCGGAUCCGCCUUGUGAGUGCUCCCCUGAGCAAGAUGCUUUCACUGCGGCUAAGUUGAUGUUUGAUAAUGGUAUCCAUUGCGUGUUGGUAAAGGAACUAGAUACGUUGGUUGGACUUUUCACUGCUAAAGACCUAGCCUUGAGAGUUGUUGGAAAGAAUUUGGAUCCUAAGCUAACCAAAGUUAAAGAUAUAAUGACCACCUCUCCGUUGUGCCUUCAUAUGAAUACACCAACCACAGAUGCAUUGGAGACUAUGGUGAAGAAAAGCGUUAGACAUCUUCCACUACUUGAUGAUGAUAAUAAUAUAAAAGGUGUUUUGGAUAUAACUAGAUGUUUCCAUCAAGCAAUGCUAAGACUAGAGAAAAUUUCAUUGAAUGCACAAAAAGUGAAUGAGGUAUUGAGAGAUGUUGCUGAAAACUAUGAAGAUAUAAGAACUUCUAAGGCCCAAACUAUCAUAGAUGAUAUAAAGAAAUUAAUGAAGUUGAUCGAGGUUCCGACUUUGCAUUCUAUUGUUCAAGUCUCCAAGCCAGCAGUUUAUAUCAAUUCUAGUGCUUCUGUUAGAUCUGCUUCAAGAUUAAUGAUUGAAAACUCAACAACAGCUGUUCUUGUGAAUGAUGAUACAAGUUCCACCAGAAGAGUGAUUGGAAUUUUCACAAGUAAAGAUAUAGCUUUUAGAGUUUUGGCGAAGGCCUAUGAUCCAGAUACAUGUACAGUGGCUAGGGUUUUAACUUCUAGUCCAGAAUUUGCAAAAAGUAAUAUGAAUAUUAGCUCAGCAUUGAGAUUGAUGUUUCAAGGCCAUUUUUUGAAUUUACCAGUGACAGAUGUGGUAACAGGUGAAAUCAUUGGUAUUGUAGGGGUUUUACAAUUGACGUAUGCAGCAUUGUCACAGCUAGGAAAAAGAGAUAAUAUUGAUAAGGAAUCCUUUGGAAAGACGAUGCUUGAAGAAGUUACCAAUAGAUUGACAGAUGAAGAAACACCUGCUUGGGAGUCUUUUUGGGAUUCUUUAGAUAAAUCAACAGAUGAUAUU